AUGACCUCAAUUUGCGAUACAUGUGGCCAGGAAUUCAAGAGUCGUGGACUUGCAGCUCACCAAAAAGCCUGCAGGAGGGACACUAUACAGAUGCAGGAAGAUCGCGAGAGACAGAAUGCUCAAGCAGGCUCUCGUGCAGGUCCUGCUGCUUGCGAACCUACUUUUGACAACGCAGAGUAUGUACAUCCUGAUGAACUUGAAGGUCUAUCAUACGAUCUUCCUCCUGCACUCCAGCAGGAUGAUAUCAGGAUGGAAUAUCAUCCACAUAGUGGAAUCCCUAUGAAAACUGAUCACUUCACUGAUUUUCACUGCCACCUGCUGCUCCCUCGCUCGUAUGCGAAAAUACUACUCCCUGGGAACCGUUUACCCUCGUAUCAACUUUGA